AUGGGACAAACGUCAAGUAGCCAAGGAACAAUAAAUCCGCCAGAAAGUGUGUCGGCUCUCCUAGCAUUCGGGGACUCCUUCCUUGAUACUGGGAAUAAUAACUACAUCAUAACACCCGGCAAGGCAAACUAUCUUCCAUAUGGAAAGGAUUUUAUGGGUGGAAAACCAACUGGAAGGUUCUCCAAUGGGAAAAACAUAGCCGACUUUUUUGCCGAAGGAUUAGGAGUGAAGGAAUAUCUUCCAGCAUAUCUCGACCCUUCCUUACAAGACAACGAUCUUCUCACAGGUGUAAGUUUUGCUUCCGGUGGCUCUGGAUAUGAUCCACUAACAACCAACAUAUCGUCUGCUAUACCAAUGCUGGACCAAUUAACUUUGUUCAAACAAUAUAUUGGUAAUCUCACAAGGAUCGUUGGGGAAGAAGCUGUGAUAAAUAUAAUGAACAUUAGUGUAUCAUUAGUAUGUGCAAGCACAAACGAUCUUAUUAUAUCCCUUCCAGCAAGAAGCUUACAAUAUGAUGUAGAUACUUAUGAUCGCAUGUUGGUUAACUUGACCUUGAAUUUUAUAAAGGAACUAUACAACCUAGGAGCUCGAAAGAUAGCUGUCUUUGGUGCACCCCCUACGGGAUGUCUUCCUGCAGAAAGAACAUUAUUUGGAGGUGUGCUUAGAAUGUGUGUCCAGAAGCAAAAUGAAGCAGCAGUGUUGUACAACAGCAUGCUAAAAGAGCAACUCCAAAUUCUUGCAAGUAGUCUUCCUCAGUCAAGGAUUGCUUUUGUCGAUUUCUACAAUCCUCUAAUAAACAUCAUCAAUAACCCUCAGCAAUACGGGUUGCAAGUUACUGAUAGAGGCUGUUGCGGAACUGGUUUGCUAGAGCCACUCACUUUUAUCUUCCAUAAAACAUGGUCAAAGAUAAAGACCAAAUCUUUUGCUCACCUUUGGAUUACAUCAAACCCGAUUAAUCCAACAAUCACCCCCUUAAUCGGUUUAUUGUCGCCCAUCAACAAUGUUUCUUUGCAAUUAACCACCGACGAACAACACCACAUUCAGAGCCUUUGUUCACCAUCAACCUACCCUAUACUUCACCUGCAAAACCGGUCGCCAACAACUGUUUUAACCAACACCAUAUGGUUGUACCAUCUUCAAGCCACAUGCUUUACCAAGACAACAACCACAAUGAGUCUCGACCUUUCUCGGACACCUGACCUCCAUCUCGGCCACAUCCAAAGUCUUCCCUCAACUUUUCCCAGACCCCUGACCUCUUCUUCAGCCACAUCCAAAGCCAACUCUGUCACAGUCUCCUUUAACUACCACUGCAGCCACUGUCGAGACCUCCCUUUAACAGCUUAA